CGAAGAAAUUCGUAAGGUCAUAGCAAGAUUUAACGCCGAAGGCCCGAAAAGCGGAGAUAAAGAGAGUUGAAUUGGGAGAGUGGCGAUGCAAACGGAGGCUCGAGUUGGUGUUGUCGUCGAGGGCGGGCAGAGAACUCUCAGUUCUGCCCAUGCUGGUGUCGUCGAUGGCGGUGCUCGGAAGUUUGUCCAGCAACAACAACAGCAGCAACAAUCGUUGCAGCAAAAGUCGCAGAUAGGAUCGGUCACUCAUCUUCUCGCGGGAGGCAUUGCAGGCGCCGUCAGUAAAACAUGUACAGCGCCGCUUGCUCGCCUUACCAUCCUCUUUCAGGUACAAGGCAUGCACUCUGAUGUUGCAAACUUGAGCAAGCCUUGCAUUUGGCGUGAGGCUUCACGUAUCUUAAAUGAAGAAGGUGUUAGAGCAUUCUGGAAAGGGAAUCUUGUCACAAUCGCCCAUCGUCUUCCUUAUUCUUCUAUCAGCUUCUAUGCUUAUGAACGCUACAAGAAUUUACUGCAGUUGAUUCCUGGGCUGCAAAGUAAUGGAGAAAACUUAAGUGCAGACAUUUGUGUGCGACUAGUGGGUGGUGGUUUGGCUGGAAUAACAGCUGCAUCCAUGACAUAUCCAUUGGAUCUUGUGAGGACACGUCUUGCAGCUCAGAGAAAUGUAACAUACUACAGAGGUAUUUGGCAUGCUCUGUGUACAAUUAGCAGAGACGAGGGUGCUCUUGGCCUAUAUAAAGGUCUUGGAGCGACAUUAUUGGGGGUUGGGCCCAGUAUAGCAAUUAGCUUCUCAGUUUAUGAGACAUUGAGAUCUGUUUGGCAGAGAGAAAGGCCCCAAGAUUCUACAGUACUUGUCAGCCUAGCUUGUGGCAGUCUUUCAGGACUUGCAUCAUCCACAGUAACAUUUCCUUUGGAUCUUGUAAGACGACGGAUGCAGUUGGAAGGGGCAGCAGGUCGAGCCCGUGUGUAUAAGACAGGUCUGUUUGGUACAUUCAGGCACAUUACAAGGACUGAAGGCCUGAGGGGUCUGUACCGGGGGAUAUUGCCAGAAUACUACAAGGUUGUCCCAAGUGUGGGCAUCGUCUUCAUGACUUAUGAGACAUUAAAGAUGUUUCUAUCAGAUUUAUCUCACAAUUAGCUUUUGCUGCUCUCACAUUGCCAUUCUUUGGCUUUGCCGCCAUUAACCUUUUCCACCAUCUAAUGCCAAAUUGUGGAAUUUUAUAGAAGAUGGCUUAGUAGAUGACGAGUUCUUUUGUCUUUUCAAUGGCGCCCCUUGGAGAAAUCCCCAUAGGCGAUAAAUUUUGAGAUUGCUGCCAUGGGACCAUACCAUAUGUUCCUUGUGUAGAUAGAGAUAGAGAAAGAGAGAGAGAGCACACAAUUGAACCACACCAAGUGUAUUAAAAGUAUUUAGUUCUCGUACACUAGUAUUCAUCGAUAAUCAUUUUUUCAUUG